AUGGCUUCUGCACAUUUUUCAAGACCACGACGAGGCUCGUCGACAUCUCACGUUUCGGUAGAUCACUUUGACCCUCAAGGAGUCCGGGAGUUGCAGCGGACGUUGUCGAUGAUGUCUCAGCAGCAAGAAGGCAAACCACGAUCGAACGCAGAGUCUUCGUCUAGAGAUUCAAGCGCUACUCUUUCACCAGUUGAGGCUCCAUUUGACUUCGAGAAGGCACUCAAGGACAGCAUAAAGAGGAGAGAAGGAGCCAACAUUCCAUCACGGCAUUUAGGUGUUGUUUUUGAAGAUCUGACUGUCGUCGGUUUGGGUUCCGGAGCCUCGUAUCAGGAAACUCUCGGCUCCACGAUCAACCCGUUCAAUAUUCUCAAACAGAUCCAGAGUGCCAGACACCCGCCAACACGGAAAAUACUUUCUGGAUUUGAGGGUGUCGUCAAACCAGGAGAAAUGACCCUUGUUUUGGGUCGUCCUGGAUCCGGCUGCUCUACCCUUCUCAAAACUCUUGCCAACCAGACCCAGGAAUAUCAAUCUGUCCUUGGUUCUGUCCAUUAUGAUUCUCUUUCACCCAAAGAAAUCGAACAAGCUUUCCGUGGUGACGUCCAAUACUGUCCAGAGGACGAUGUGCAUUUUCCCUCGCUGACUGUCGAAGAUACAUUGAGGUUUGCUGCCAAAACACGGGCGCCACACGCCCGUACUGGCGAGACUCGCACAGAGUACGUGAACGCUAUUACCGAAAUGUUGAUGACAAUAUUUGGUCUCAAACAUGCACGUCGUACUCCCGUUGGAGAUGCCUCCAUCCGAGGCGUUUCCGGUGGUGAGAAGAAGCGAGUUUCUAUCGCUGAGGCUCUUGCUACUAGGAUGCGUCUGGGAUCAUGGGACAACUCUACUCGUGGUCUCGAUUCGUCCACUGCACUCGAAUUCGGCCGCGCUCUUCGUAUAGCUACCGACAUCGACCGUCUCACUACAAUUGUUUCUAUUUAUCAAGCCGGAGAAACAUUGUACAAUCUCUUCGACAAGGUCUGCAUCAUUUACGAAGGUCGUAUGGCGUACUUUGGUCCCGCCAAUCAAGCAAGACAGUAUUUUAUCGACCUUGGAUAUGAACCAGCCAAUAGACAAACCACCCCCGAUUUUCUUGUCGCUGUCACGGAUCCUCUUGGUCGAAUUCCAAGACAGGUCGUGGCGAACCGGCCGAGGACCGCAGAAGAAUUUGCUAUGAGGUUCAAGGAGAGUCAUUUAGGAAUUGCGAAUCGAAAGGAAAUUGCGUCUUACAAACAGUCUGCGGUUUUGGGACAUAAGUCAGAGAAAGCUGAUGCCUACAGGAGUAGUGCCGCAAUGGAGAAGGCUAAGCACACGAGGGCUCAGUCGCCAUAUCUCAUCUCUCUGCCAAUGCAGGCUCGUGCAGUCAUGCAGCGUCGUGUUCAAAUCCUCAUCGGCAGCUCUCUGGCCACGAUAUUCAACCUUAUGUCCUUCAUCAUCCAAGGUAUCAUCGUUGGAACCGUCUUCCUCAAAAUUCCCGACUCGACUUCGGCCUAUUUCUCUCGAGGAGGUGUUCUUUUCUUUGCCCUGCUUUUCUGCGCCCUAUCGUCAAUGGCUGAGAUUCCGUCAUUAUUCGCUCAACGUCCUAUUCUCCAUCGUCAAAAGCAGGCCGGCAUGUAUCACCCGUUCAUAGAAAGCGUUGCGCUCACUCUGGUCGACAUACCCAUCACGCUCGUUAAUACUAUCAUAUUCGGUGUUUUAAUCUAUUUCAUUGUGGGUCUGCAGCAAACCGCGGCGCAAUUUUUUAUAUUCUAUCUGUUCUUGUUCACCAUGACACUCACCAUGAAGGCUUGGUUUCGCGCAAUCGCUGCGAUAUUCAAGAGUGAAGCUACUGCUCAAGCAGUGGCCGGUCUCAUUCUACUGGCAUUAGUUAUCUACACCGGUUAUACGAUUCCCAAAUCUUCCAUGAUUGGAGCGUUAAGAUGGAUUUCGUACAUUAACCCACUUCGCUAUGGUUUUGAAAGCGUCUUAACCAACGAAUUCCAUACCCUCGAUGGCACAUGCGCCUCACUCGUUCCUCAGGGGCCUGGUUACGAAAACGUCAGUUUGACCAAUCAAGUGUGUACCGCAGUUGGAUCUGUACCUGGUCAGGAUACAGUCAACGGUAACACGUUUGUAAGCUUGUCCUAUUCGUACUCCUUUAGCCAUACUUGGAUGAAUUUCGGUAUCCUUAUCGCCUUCGGUGUCGCUUUCCUCUGUGCCCUAUUCAUCGCUUCCGAACUCAACACAACACUCUCCGAAGAUACAACCCGUACUCUCUUCCAACGUGGCUCCAAGCCCUCUGCCAUUGUCACUGAAUCCGGUUCAGACGAGGAGAAAGGUCCCUCUGAGCAUGUUACAGAAAAUGUUUCGCAAGAUGUGCAGGAAGCCUUGCACGAUGCACCUGCGAUGACCGAAAUCUUCUCGUGGCAAUCCGUCAACUAUACGGUUCCAGUCUCUGAUGGUCACAGAAAACUUUUGGAUGAUGUUUCUGGCUUUGUCGUUCCUGGAAAGCUGACUGCGCUCAUGGGAGAAUCAGGAGCAGGAAAGACCACAUUGCUGAACGUUCUCGCUCAACGGGUCAGCACUGGUGUUGUUACUGGAGAUAUGUUCGUCAGUGGACAGCCGCUUCCCCGGGAUUUCCAAGCGCAAACUGGUUACUGUCAACAAAUGGAUACUCAUGUUGGAACUGACACGGUUCGAGAAGCUCUUCUAUUUUCUGCCAAACUCCGUCAACCGGCUUCGGUCCCAUUAGCCGAGAAGGAGGCUUACGUUGAAACCUGCUUGAAAAUGUGCGGUCUUGAACACAUGGCUGAUGCUGUCGUUGGUACACUUGGAGUCGAGCAUCGCAAACGUACUACUAUUGCCGUAGAACUUGCUGCUAAACCGAAACUCUUGCUUUUCCUUGAUGAACCGACCUCAGGAUUAGACUCUCAGAGUGCUUGGGCUAUCAUGGACUUUUUGCGCUCGUUAGCCAAGAACGGACAAGCCAUUCUGUGCACAAUUCAUCAGCCUUCUGCCGAAUUGUUCCAAGUGUUUGACCGUCUGCUUUUGCUUCGCAAGGGAGGUCAAACAGUAUACUUCGGUGAUCUCGGUCAUAAUGCGACAACUCUCAUCCAAUAUUUUGAGAGGAAUGGCUCGCGUCAUUGUCACCCUGAGGAGAAUCCUGCUGAAUUCAUGCUCGAUGUGAUUGGUGCUGGUGCUACUGCCACUACCGACCGCGACUGGCACGAAAUAUGGCGGAAAACUCCUGAGGCCAAGGUCGUUCAGGACUCGAUUCAACAAAUAUACGAAGAUGGAAAGAAUAGACCUCCAGUUGCCGCCACCUAUCAUUCGGAAUUUGCAACGGGAUGGCUGAAUCAAUUUGGCCAGCUUGUUAAAAGAGAUAUGCUUUUCAGAUGGAGAGAUCCCACGUACCUUCUCGCGAAACUUGUUCUGAACAUCUUCGGUGGUCUUUUCAUCGGUUUCACUUUCUUCAAGGCGAAAGACUCUCAACAGGGUACUCAGAACAAGCUUUUCGCGAUUUACAUGGGGACUAUCAUCUCGGUUCCGGUUGCCAACCAGCUUCAAGUUCCUUUCAUAAAUAUGCGCAAGAUAUAUGAAAUCAGGGAACGACCCAGUCGAAUGUAUUCCUGGACUUCAUUGGUCACGGCACAGAUGGUUGCAGAAAUUCCUUGGAACAUGCUUGGAUCCUCGCUGUUCUUCUUUUGCUGGUAUUGGACCGUUGGAUUUCCCUCCGCCCGCGCUGGAUAUACAUACCUUCUUCUUGGUGUCAUCUUCCCCUUCUACUAUGUCUCUUUCGCCGAUGCUGUUGCGGCUAUGGCACCUAGCGCUGAGAUCGCCGCUUUGUUGUUCAGUUUGUUGUUCUCUUUCGUUUUGACCUUUAACGGUGUUUUGCAGCCUUUCAGUCAGCUCGGGUGGUGGCAGUGGAUGUAUCAUCUUUCGCCGUACACAUAUGUCAUCGAGGGUCUCCUUGGUCAAGCACUCGGACGACAAAGCAUCACUUGUUCAGACGUUGAACUCGUUACCCUAAAUCCUCCUUCUGGUCAGACUUGCUCACAAUACAUGUCGAAUUAUAUCAGCGCCGCUGGAGGAUAUCUUACCAAUGGCGAUGCCACUUCGGAUUGUAAAUUCUGCUCCACUGCGACGACUGAUCAAUUCCUCGGGGCUUCGUUCAAUAUCUCGUAUGCGCACCGUUGGAGAGAUAUUGGAUUCUUGUGUGCUUAUAUCUUGUUCAACAUUGCUUGUGUAUACGCAUUUACAUGGUUCUUCCGCAUUCGCACUGGGAGCCUUGCUGGAUCGCUGAAGAAACGAUUUGGCAAGAAGCAAUAG